CCAUGGAGUUCAGCGGGGACUCUCCUCUGCCCCCUUUUCCUUGGCCGGAGGGAGACUUUGGCUUUUGCGCGUUUGCAGAAAAGAGAUCCCCAGUGUCCUUUCAGGAGGUAGCCGUGUUCUUCACGGAGGAGGAAUGGGCUCUGCUGGAUCCAGGCCAAAGAAAACUCUACUGGGAAGUGAUGGAGGAAAAUUACCACACCGUGGCCUCCCUUGUUGUAGAUAGAAGAGAGAUGGCGAGCAAGGAAGAACCAGGAAGGGAGACUGUGGAAAGAAAGGAAGAUCUGUAUGUGGAAGCGAAAUCUGGAGAUCAACUGGUACCAAAGAGACAAUGCCGAUGGAGAAAGGGAGCAAAGCAGAAACAGAGGAAGGAAUUGGUUGCCUCUCAGAGCAGGAAGAUGCAGGAGGCCUCAGCCCAAGAUGAAUUGCAGAUGAGAAAGAGAGGAUGGAAGGGUCCUGUGAUUGAGAAAAGGUUCAGAUACAAAUUCAGUCUGAAAAAAUAUCACAACAUUACAGCACGCCAGAAAAGAUACAACUGCUUGGAAUGUGGAAAGAGCUUUCACUGGAGUAGUGAACUAACUGCACAUCAGAAGGCUCACACAGGGGAAAAGCCGUAUAAAUGCUUGGAGUGUGGAAAUUGCUUUUCUCAAAGUAGCACCUUAAAUAAACAUCAAAGGAUUCACACAGGCGAAAAGUCAUAUAAAUGCUUGGAGUGUGGAAAGAGCUUUUCUCAGGCUGGUUACCUAGCUGCACAUGAAAAGAUUCACACAGGGGAGAAGCCAUAUAAAUGCCUGGAGUGUGGAAAGAGGUUCUACCGGAAUGGCCACCUAACUGCACAUCAACGGAUUCACACAGGGGAGAAGCCUUAUAAAUGCUUGGAGUGUGGAAAGAAGUUUUCUCAGAAUGGCACCCUAACUGCGCAUCAAAGGAUUCACACAGGGGAGAAGCCGUAUAAAUGCUUGGAAUGUGGAAAGAGUUUCUCUUGGAGGAGGGAACUAACCAGACAUAAUAGGAAUCACAGAGAGGAGAAACCAUAUAAAUGCUUAGAGUGUGGAAAACACUUCUCUUGGAGGAGGGAACUAACCAGACAUCACAAGAUUCACAGAGGGGAGAAGCCACAUAAAUGUUUGGAGUGUGGAAAGAGCUUUUCUCGGAAUGGCAGCCUAACUGUGCAUCAACGAAUUCACACAGGGGAGAAGCCCUAUAAAUGCUUGGAUUGUGGAAAGAGCUUUUAUCAGAAUAGCAACCUAACUUCGCAUCAAAGAAUUCACACAGGGGAGAAGCCACAUAAAUGCUUGGAUUGUGGAAGGAGCUUCUCUUGGAGGAGGGAACUAACCAGACAUCACAGAAUUCACACAGGGGAAAAGCCGUAUAAAUGCUUGGAGUGUGGAAAGAGCUUUUCUCGGACAGGCAGCCUAACUGCACAUCUAAGGAUUCACACAGGGGAGAAGCCGUAUAAAUGCUUGGAGUGUGGAAAGAGCUUCUCUGACAUUGGUCCCCUAAGAGUACAUCAAUGGAGUCACACAGAGGAGAAGCCAUAUAAAUGCUUGGAGUGUGGAAAAAGCUUCUCUGACAUUGGUCCUCUAAAAGCACAUCACAGGAUUCACAUAGGGGAGAAGCCUUAUAAAUGCUUGGAGUGUGGAAAAAGCUUUUCUCAGUAUGGCCACCUGAGUGCACAUCAACGGAUUCACACAGGGGAGAAGCCAUAUAAAUGCUUGGAGUGUGGAAAGAGCUUUUCUCAGAAUGGCCACCUGACAGUGCAUCAAAGGAUUCACACAGGGGAGAAGCCAUAUAAAUGCUUCGAGUGUGGAAAGACUUUCUCCCAGAAUGGCUGUCUAACUGCACAUCAAAGAUUUCAUACAGGGGAGAAGCCAUAUAUCUGCAUGGAGUGUGGAAAAAGCUUCAAUCGGAAUUGCCACCUAACUGCACAUCAAAGAAUUCAUACAGGGGAAAAGCCAUAUAAAUGUUUGGAGUGUGGAAAGAGUUUCUCUCGAAAUGGCAGCCUAACUGUGCAUCAAAGGAUUCACACUGGGGAGAAACCAUACAAAUGCUUGGAGUGUGGAAAAAGCUUCUCUCAGAAUGGCCACCUUAUUGUGCAUCAAAGGAGUCACACAGGGGAGAUGCCAUAUAAAUUCUCAGAGUGUGGCGAGAGUUUUUCUGAGACUGGUCACCUAACUAAACAUAAAACUAUUCACUAAGGUGAGAAGCUAUAUGAGUCCUUGGGGAGCUGAAGGAGCUAAUUCCAUAGCUGAUGUCUUACCAUACAUGACAGGAAAGCCAUCUAAUCACCGUUUGCUUUCUUCACAUCAAUCUUGCAAAGUUGUGCACAUUUAUUCAAGAGGAGUAAUGAAUACCACCAGGUUGAAUUCUGCUUUUCCACUAUUUGUUUUGUAACAAUUGCCAUUUUUAUUUUUAGGAGGUUAGAGAACUUUGAUUCUCUUCUGUUAAAAAUUAAAUGAUUUUUUUUUCAUUUCUGGACAACAGUGGUUGUAUUAUCUAUUGCCUUAAUUUAGCUUGUUUUGGGGAUUUGAGAGCAUGAAUACUUCGAACACAUUUAUAUUUUUCAGUGUAUCGGGAAGGUCAUCCCUGUUUUCAGUGCAGUUGAUGAUGCAAAACUUCGGUUUCCCUAGCUGAACUACAUGGAACUGGAGUUGGACCCAGGCCAGGUAAGAUGAACCUGGGCCAGAUUCAGAAGCGCCUGGAUACCUGCUAUUCAUUACAUGUCAUCCCAUGGCUGAGAAGGCACAGCUUUAAUCAUGAAGUUCCCAAUGUAGAGAGUUUUAUUGUCAUGGCUGAAGUUGGCUGGAGGUUUUGCUUCCUCUUCUCAGCUGAGUAGACAUAAAUGAAAAUCCAGCUUGUCCUGAGGUAAUGAAUCAAUCCGGUCUCAGAAUUUCCUCCCCUACCAUCUGAAGAUGAAUUACAGCCCCCUGAUGGAUUCCGGCCAGUUUAAGUCAUCUUGCAGCAGCUGGGAAAAGCAAGAUUCAAGCCCAGGAGCACUUGAAAGAACAUCAAAGAGUUUACAAGCUACAGGGUUUCAAGAGUCCAGCUCCCUUCGUCAGAUAUGAAUUCCAUACAAUCUAUCUACCCUCCUGAAACAAGCUGGAAAAAGGAUCUGGAGAGAGCCUUUUGGAGAGGUGCAUUUCAAGUAUAAAUUCCCUGUAUUGUAUAUCUGUUACUCUAUGUAUUCUCAAGUAUUUUGUAGAUGAAGAUGCUGAUUUUCUGCCCUUGCCACCUCUAUGCCUAUCUUAUUAGUCCUUAGUCUCAUUAGUCCUGCUGGACCUUCUUUAUAACACCCCCUCACCUUCUGAAAAUAACGGCAGGUGCCACAAAAUUGUAGUGCCGGACACAAAAGGAAUCAAAGAUUCUGGACCAGGGAAUCCCUAGAAAUUCCCUAUCCUUCGCCAUGGAAGAAAGCAUUUUGCAUAACAGCCCUGUUUACACCUUACAGUGAAUACAGGUACAACCUGCCCAUACAUGUGUAAAGGGAUAGGGGCUAUAGCAGUAUGAACUCUCUGCUGUAAUGAUGAUCCCUCUGGGUAGUUUUUGUGAUGUAUUAUAUGUCUGGUUUAGAAUUGCUUAUGCUGUUUUUCAGAAUUGUUUCAGCUCUGUAUUGGGUAUCUGCUUAUUUUCAAAUCUUUGCACAUUUGAAUUUGUAUUGCCUAUUACAUUUUUUUUAAUGUCCCUGCUGUUGAUUGUAUUAGACUGUGUAGUCUGCCUUGAGUGUCAGUGAACUAGGUCGACAAUAAGUAAAUGUAAAUAAAUAAUAAAUCAAU